AAGGCAGAAGCUGAUCUGGAUUAUAUUCAACACAAACUGGAGUUUGAAAUAAUGAAGAGUCUUCCUGAAAAUCCAGAAGCGGAGGAGAAUCCAGUUGCUCUCUUGGAAGGACUCUCAGCAGUGAAAUCUCGUUACAGAGCGUUAUGUAUGCAGCUGGAAAAAAUAUCCACAGAGCAGGGAGAAUCCAUGCAGGCCAUCCGUACUGCUCUAGAAAACACCAGGAAGAUGGUUCAAGCAUUACAGUAUCAUACUGAUCUUGAGCGCUUACCUCUGUCAGAAGAAGAACAGGCUGCAGCUCAGCAGUUAUCCUGCCAAACUGGUAAAGAAAUGGAAUCACCAGUGGAAGAGCCAUUUUGUUCAGGAUCUACAGUCCCUGACUCAGCUGAAGAAUCCCAAUUCAAACCAUUGACUGAGGAAAUCCUUAUGACUGUUCCAAGGAGUAUCAGGAGUACUGUUAAACUAGCAGACCUGAACAAUUUGUACAAAGAGUUAUUUAACCACUUCGUUGUAAAUAAGAACAGAACUGCACUGAGUGUGUCACAGAUGAACAAGAUGAAUAUGAAAGCCACUGACUCAAGAAUAAGAAUCUUGAAAGAACUUGCUAUUGUGGAACUUGACAAACAAGGAAAUGUUAAAUUAGUUGUGUAA